AUGUCGUGGACGCCAAAAGGCAAAGGGAAGAGCGGCAAAGGAAGCUGGAAAGGUAUGGACUCUGCGAAGGAGGACAUGGCGAAGCUCAAGGCCAUAGACCCCUCGCAGAAGGUCUGGAUUGGUGGCCUCCCUCCAGAAAUCGAUUGGAAGCAGCUGCAGCAAAUGUUCAAUCAGGUGGGGCGUAGCAUCUAUGCAGCCGCCUUCCCCCGGAGUAACACCGGCUGUGUGGCCUUCAAGACGCCUGAGGAGGUCAAUGCAGCUGUGACCACUUUAAAUGGCUCUUGGAUUGGAGAUAACCAGAUCGAGGUGGAUUACUUCACCAAACCUGCAGGUCGGCCAAAAGGCAAAGGGAAGGGCAAAGACAAAGGCAGCGUCGCCCCCGUGUGGAAGCCGGUCUUUGAGAAGGUCAAGUUGUGGGGCUUCAAUGGAAAGGGCAAUGGCAAAGGCAAGGGCAAGGGCAAAGGAAAGGAUGAGAUCAGGAAGCUAAAGGCCAUCGACAAUACCAUGAAGGUUUGGAUCGGCAACCUGGAUGGUUCGGUAACUUGGAAGAUGCUGCAGGAUCACUUCCAGAGCAACGUUGGAAGCGUGACCUGGGCCACCGUCUUUCCCAAGGGCACAGGCUGCGUGUGUUUCAAAACGCCGGAAGAUGCGCAGUUGGCACUGGCGCUGAAUGAGAGCAAGCUGGGCCAGGGGGCCCUGGAUCCAGGAGAAGACGCAGCGAAGUGGCGAUGUCGUGGCGUGAGAGCAGUGCGGCGUUUGCGAAGUGAAGAUGCUGGGGCCUUUGAGGCGUUGCUGGAGUAUAUCCUUGACUACGAAGGUGUACUGGAGAGCCACGUUGAGGGGCAGAAACCGAACGAGGCACCCAAGCAGUUUCUGGUGUUCGAAAACUUGGGUGUGCGCGAUGUGCCUGGAAGCACCUUUCGGAGGCGAUGA